AGCAUUUGCAAAAAACGCAAAAAGAUAACGUUUUAAGCCCGCUUGGUGAUAACGUAUUUGAAUUUUGCUAAUUGAAAUUCGGAAGGUAGCAGACAAUAUUCAUUAGGAUUAACGUGUCACUCCGUUUCUACUUGAUUCUGUUUAUUCAUCAACCGUGAGUUUAAGCAAUUUGUUUAUCCUUUCCGGCAACAAUUAUGGAUAUCGUGAUAAGAUUGAACAAUCAAACCGCGGGGAGGGACAGAUUAAUACGACUGCUGCAGUACGGAUGUCGUGCUUCUUCGUACUAUGUGAAGAAUUCACAUUGUACAAAACAAGUAGAAAUUUUGAAGAGUUUGGAAUUUACUUUCAGUUCAUUUCGAAGAUUACUCCGCCUUGGAAGAUGCUUGGACAGUUUAUAUCAAGCUGUGGAAAUGACAAAAUAUUCCGAGCUGAUAGUGAAGAUAACAUUAACUAUGGCAAAGCUAAUGAAUGCCUUGUAUUUACUAGCAGAUCAUUUUAUCUGGGUAGGCAGAAUGGGGAUCAUGAAAGUGAAUUUAACAAAAUGGAAUAGAGUUGCGAAUAGAUAUUGGCUAGUGAGCAUUAUUAUGAAUUUAUUGAGAGACAUUUACGAGAUUUUUAAAAUUUUCGAACAUGAGCAGAUGUACUCGCGAAUGCAAAGUCGCAAUAUACUCAAACGGCAUUAUAUUCCAUUCUAUCUGAAACUUCAUAAGACAGUAGUAUUGGACACCAUUAAGAACGGAUGCGACUUAUUUAUUCCAUUAACGGCAUUAGGUCAUGUGAGAUUUACUCCGGGUACAGUGGGUAUACUUGGUAUGAUUUCCUCAUUGAUCGGUUUAUACACGAUUAUUGAUCCAUACUCUAAAAUAUGUCCUUCUUAGGUAUUAUUAGUGUUAUAAUAAGGUAUAUAUCACAAUAUAUAUAAGGUUUAUACCAUGUUAUAUAUAUAUAUGUAUACAUACAUACAUAUAUAUAUAUAUGUAUGUAUACAUACACAAAGGUUUCUGUAAUGGUAUUCCACAUACAAUACUUAGUAAUACUUGACAAUAUUUAAAUUUUAAUUAUUAAAAAGUAUUGCUUGUGAUGAUUACAACGAAAACUUCAAAUCGAUAUAAUUUAACAUUCCGGAUAAUCAUAAUGUAGAGUAUAACAUUGAUUUAAUAUUACUGUUCGAUUCUCUAAUAAUUAGUGCCAAAUAUCCCUGUUGGUCCGUCACUAUCUCUAAGAUUUUUGUACUCGAGUUUGAAAAAUGAUAUUGAAAUCUUUAAAUAAUUCUAUUAAAAAUUUGUAAAAUUUGGAUCGUUCAACUUGUGUUAAAUUAGUCAAUUUUAUAUUUGAUAAAUAACUCAAAUUGUAUCUAAAAUAUCAUGUUAUCGUGAUAUGCGAUUUAAAUGAAACUGGCAUUGAACGAACACAGAUUAAUUGGUUAUAAAAAAUAUAUAAUUGUUUGCAACUUA